UUAGUUUGCAAGUCUCGUGUUGUUUCGUGUUUCACGCUACUCUUGUUGUCGUCAUCGUCAUCAUCAUCAUCAUCGCCCCACCGGACUGAAUGAGGAAGUGAAAGAGACGGUCGCCAAAGACAACGCUGAACGGAGAGAGUCGGUUGAUGCGGUCCUUUUGCUCAGAGAUGGAUCUUGUGACCAUAUGUCUACAGGCAUCCUGCCUAACAUCUUUAUGAGAUUUACUAAGCAGCUGUAUUACACUCAUACACACACCAUACACAAGCAUGGCACCAGUCCCACCUGGCAUCCGCUUCCUGGCCUCCUUCAAUAGAGACCAGUGGUACAAGGCCUUCGCGUUUGCUCUCACUUUCCUGCUCUACACAAGUUUCCAUCUAUCCAGGAAGCCCAUCAGCAUUGUCAAGAGUGAGCUGCAUAAGAACUGCUCUCACAUCAUGGAGGUUCCUACAGAGAGCGGCCGGCAGCCUAGACUUCACACAGAACUAGACUGCAGCUGGAAACCAUUCGACAGAAACAACUAUAAGCAGUUGCUCGGAGCAAUGGAUUAUUCUUUCCUGUGUGCUUAUGCCAUAGGCAUGUAUCUCAGUGGAAUCAUUGGAGAGCGUCUGCCCAUCCGUCUGUACCUGACUGUGGGCAUGUUGACCAGUGGUCUUUUCACCUGUCUGUUUGGACUGGGAUACGUCUAUGACAUCCACAGCCUUGGCUUCUAUAUAUUUGUUCAGGUGGCCAAUGGAUUGGUUCAGACCACUGGUUGGCCAAGUGUCGUGACUUGCAUUGGCAACUGGUUUGGCAAGGGCAGGAGAGGCCUCAUCAUGGGUAUCUGGAACUCGCACACAUCGGUGGGCAACAUUCUGGGUUCUUUGAUUGCUGGAUAUUAUGUCUCCUCUAACUGGGGAAUGUCCUUCAUCGUCCCUGGAGUUAUCAUCGCUGUCAUGGGGGUCGUCUGCUUCUUCUUUCUAAUAGAGCACCCUAAUGAUCUGAAGACCGCCAGUGCCCAGAGCUCAGCUCCAAGCAAUCAGAAGCUUCAUAAAAGCUGGAAUGGUGUUAAUGGACACAAAGACCUUUACUUGCAGUGCAAGCCAGGAGCUAAAGCACAGAGCUGGGACACAGAGCUUCUGCUGGGGCAGGAGAGCAUUGGCGUGUGUGUUCCCGUGCAGCAGGUGGUGGUGGUGAAGAGUGAGGCAGAACCGUCACCCAUCAGCUUCAUGGGAGCUUUACGCAUUCCUGGAGUGGUGGAGUUCUCUCUUUGUCUGCUGUUUGCCAAGUUGGUCAGUUAUACGUUCCUCUUCUGGCUGCCCCUCUACAUCACUAAAGCAGCUCACCUAGAUGCCAAGAAAGCCGGAGACCUUUCAACUCUGUUUGAUGUGGGUGGCAUUGUUGGAGGGAUCUUGGCUGGAGUGAUCUCUGAUAAGAUGGGAAAGAGGGCCACCACUUGUGCUGUGAUGCUUCUGCUGGCAGCGCCCACACUCUACGGCUUCUCUAUGAUCAGUCAGUUUGGCUUGGGUCCCACUAUUGGUAUGCUGCUGGUGUGUGGUGGUUUAGUCAACGGCCCGUACUCUCUCAUCACAACAGCUGUCUCUGCUGACUUGGGCACACACAAGAGUCUGAAGGGCAAUGCCAGGGCUCUCUCUACAGUCACAGCUAUUAUAGACGGCACUGGAUCUGUCGGUGCUGCUGUGGGUCCUUUGCUGGCAGGGCUGUUGUCAUCACAAGGCUGGGAUAAGGUCUUUUACAUGCUCAUGACCGCAGACUUUUUUGCACUUUUGCUUUUGCUGAGACUUGUGACGAAGGAGCUUCGCUCUCAUAGGAGCCGGCCAGGAGCCGCUGUCGAAAUGAAGGAACAUUGAGUACUUUGCACUAUCUGAGCGAGAGAAACAGUGAAGGACACAAAUGUUCAUCUCUCACCAGUUGUUAUCUGACCACUUCCUACCCUGGACCAAAACUUGACUGAAACCUCAGUUCAUGGACUAUACAAAGAGACAUUUUAUACCCUUUUUCAGAUAAAAACAAAAACAAAAAAUCAUCGAUUUAGGCCGAUAUCAAAGCAACUUUGAGGAAAUGUUUUCUUACAGAAUAUUUUUCC